GAUUUUUAAAGAUCAAAUCAGGAUUCUGCGUCUGUAUGGUGCACACAUCACCUUACAAUCCCCGUUUCGACGCUCUUAAUGCGCAGCCUUGACGUCGACGCACGGGUAUAAGAGGAGCGCCCAGGCUGUGAGGUGGAGAUCUUGGAGAGUAGAGGCGCACACAGCUACAACAGAGCGCACAGGCACAGCUGACCAGCUGCUCCUCUUCCAACUGGAUAAAAAACACAAGAACAACCUCAAUUCUUCUUUUUGUAACGCUUUAACUCUCUUUCCACUUCUUGCGUUUAGUCCGACCCCUCACCUUCCUAAUAAUUAACUUCCUUUAGAUACAUUUUUACGCGCAAGUUUUCAGCACCACAAUCAGAGCCGGCAGUGGCCGCAGCAUGGAGCCGUACACGGUCCCGGGAGCUCAGCUCUCCCUGUCCGACCUCUACUCCGUCAUCCCUUAUAAUGUCACCUUCCCGGACGAUGAGAGCAGCUUGAUGGGGGACAGGCUGCUGAACUCCACCGAGCAGCAGCAGCAGCAGGGUCCGGUGAGGAGCACCGCGGGUAUAAUCAUAGCCAUAUCCAUCACGGCGCUCUACUCGGUCAUUUGCGUGGUGGGACUUCUGGGCAACGUCCUCGUCAUGUACGGGGUGGUCAGAUACACCAAGAUGAAGACGGCCACAAACAUCUACAUCUUCAACUUGGCUCUUGCAGACGCUUUGGCCACCAGUACGCUGCCCUUCCAGAGCGCCAAAUACCUCAUGAACACCUGGCCGUUUGGGGAAGUCCUGUGCAAGCUCAUUAUUGCCAUCGACUACUACAACAUGUUCACAAGCAUCUUCACCCUUACCAUGAUGAGUGUGGAUCGCUACAUCGCCGUGUGCCACCCCGUGAGGGCGCUGGAGUUUCGGACGCCGGUCAAGGCUAAGUUCAUCAACGUGCUCAUCUGGGUUCUAUCCUCUGCGAUUGGGGUGCCAAUUAUGAUCAUGGCUGUGACCAAAGUGACGGAUAGUGGUAAAACCAUGUGCAUGCUGAAGUUCCCUGACCCUGACUGGUACUGGGACACAGUGACAAAGAUCUGUGUCUUCAUCUUUGCAUUUGUGGUUCCUGUGAUGGUCAUCACCAUAUGUUACGGCCUGAUGAUCCUGCGUCUGAGGAGUGUUCGUCUGCUCUCAGGCUCCAAGGAGAAAGACCGCAACAUGCGCCGCAUCACCCGCAUGGUCCUGGUGGUGGUGGCAGCCUUCAUCAUCUGCUGGACCCCCAUCCACAUCUUUAUUAUUGUGAAGACCAUGGUGGACAUUGACACCAGGAACCCUUUCGUCAUAGCCAGCUGGCACCUGUGCAUCGCCUUGGGCUACACCAACAGCAGCCUCAACCCUGUCCUCUAUGCAUUUUUGGAUGAAAAUUUCAAGAGAUGCUUCAGGGAUUUCUGCCUUCCCUGUCGGACACGGGUGGAGCAGAACAUUCUGUCCAGAGACCGCAACAACACUCGGGAGCCGGUGUCAGUCUGCGCUCCAACAGAAGCAGGGAAGAAGCCGGCAUGACUAGGCAUGGACUGGGUCCCCCACAGCUCUCGCUCAAGGAGGAUCCAGCAAGAUCUGCAAUCUGAGGUCACUCAAAUAUCCACAACAGAAUUUUAAGAGAUAUUUCGGAGAAAAAGAUUUAAUAUAUAUCUAUUCUCUCCAAUUUGGCUGACAUAUUGGACAUUCAAAGGAAUAGCUAAAGAUAAUGGAAAAUAAGUUUCACUCUGAUCUUAGGUUUCUACUAAAGUUCUGAUAACGGAGUGGAAUCUUUAUUCGACGGAAAUAUAACAACUUACAAAGACAGUAGAUGGUGCGAUAGCCCGAAGAAAAUUUCAAAGCAAGAUUAUGGAAUAAGAUCCCCAGCGCAUGAUUUGUUUGCCCAAAGGAUGAGAGUGCAAACGUGUACAGGACUUUUUGAAAAAAAGAAAACACAGACAGGCUUGUAUCUUGUCAAGAAAAGAAAACAUCAUUAAGAUACCAUCUUUCAGAGUGCAUUGUCAUAAAAGAGGGUGGAACAAAGGACAGCAGUGUGAAACUUUGUCCUCUGUCUUAAUGCUUUUCUUCAGAUUUUGCUGAUUGCAGAAUAUUUAAAAGGCAAAAAAAA